AUGCGAUUUGGGCCAAACAUGACAACCACAAACCAAAAAGGACUGGAAAGAAAGAAAAAAAACUUAUCAUCACCCCAUUUUAGCCUUCCUUGUUUCUACAUGACUAACUUCACUACACCCAUAAGUACCGGAAUCAUUCGCUUGUCGUUCAAGAAAAAUAAAAACGAAAAAGAGCCCAUCACAUCACAUGAGAGGACUAUUCAGAAGCCCAUGCCAAGUAGACGAGGCAAAGGCCCGGCCCGAAUCAAGUUCUGGCCCAUUUCCAUCCCCACUCACUCCCUGCCAUGUGAAACCCAACAAUCCCUUGUUGUCUGGCUUAAUCCCUCCUCCAAAUCCUCCAAACUGGUCUAA